AUGCAGUGGGUUGACAAAACUUUCGAUUUCAAAGUUAGUCAAGGAACAAUAUUAAACACUCUUAAGAGAUCAUCGGAGUUCCUAUCGGAUAACUUUGACAAAGAUGGAUCUUCCAAGCGUCACAAAGCAGCCAAGUAUCCGGACAUGGAGAAAGUUGUUUAUGAAUGGUUUCUCCAACAUCAAGAGCGUGUGAGUAUAACAGGAGAGCUAAUCAUAGAGAAGGCGGUUGAGGCGUUGAAGUUUUUAUAUCCACAGGAUUCUUCUGAGCAUAAACUUUCACAGGGCUGGCUUGAGAAAUUCAAGUUAAGGCAUGGUUUCAAUCGUAUCGCCGAUUCGGAGAAAGUGGUUCGCUCGACACACAUGCCAUGGAGAAUAAAUUGGAGUCUAUAA